AUGAUAACGACUGGAAUACGCCAUUGAAAAUCUAUUUUUAUUACAAUAUUAUUAGUUUUAAAUUGCUUUGAUAAAUUGUUGACGCAAAUUGACAUGUAUAUUUUAUGACUUUGCGAUAGUGGAUUCGCACUUUGCAGAGUUUGAAGUCUACAAUACGUCGAACUGAGCCAAACGUAUAACCGGUUCGACAUUUUAUCGUGAUCUGCCGGCAGAUAAUUUCCUGUAUCUACGGGAUUCAACAUUGAUUUCUAUUUUUCGCCAAGAAGAGAUCAAAAAUAUUAAAAUGGCUGCACCAAUUAAAGUUGUUGUCACUGGGGCAGCAGGACAAAUUGCCUACUCUCUUCUUUAUCAAAUUGCAUCAGGUGCUGUUUUCGGACCUGAACAACCAGUCUUUCUUCACCUUCUUGAUAUCGCCCCAAUGAUGGGUGUACUUGAAGGUGUUGUCAUGGAGUUAGCCGAUUGUGCUCUGCCACUCCUUGUUGGAGUUCUUCCUACUGCUAAUCCUGAAGAAGCAUUUAAGGAUGUAGCUGCUGCAUUUUUAGUAGGCGCUAUGCCAAGGAAAGAGGGUAUGGAGAGAAAGGACCUUCUGUCUGCCAAUGUACGCAUUUUCAAAGAACAGGGACAAGCUUUAGACAAAGUUGCCCGUAAAGAUGUUAAAGUGCUGGUUGUUGGUAACCCAGCGAACACGAAUGCUUUGAUUUGUUCCAAAUAUGCACCAUCCAUUCCUAAAGAAAACUUCACUGCUAUGACUCGUCUCGAUCAAAACCGUGCCCAGGCUCAAUUGGCUGCUAAAUUGGGUGUAAGAGUACAAGAUGUGAAGAAUGUUAUUAUUUGGGGUAACCACUCUUCCACACAAUUUCCGGAUGCGUCAAAUGCUGUUGUCAACAUUGGUGGUGUUGAAAAGUCAGUCCCAGCAGCUAUCAAUGAUGAUGAGUUUUUGAAGAGUGCAUUUGUAUCAACAGUACAGAAACGUGGCGCUGCAGUGAUUGCAGCCAGGAAGAUGUCAUCUGCUUUGUCUGCAGCUAAAGCUGCAUCAGACCAUAUGAGGGAUUGGUUCUUGGGCACUGGUGACCGUUGGGUCAGUAUGGGUGUUGUUUCUGAUGGAUCAUAUGGAACACCCCGUGAUGUUGUGUUCUCCUUCCCUGUCACAGUCAGCAAUGGAAAAUGGAAGAUUGUGGAGGGACUCACAAUCUCAGACUUUGUCCGUAAGAUGCUUGAUGUGACUGGAAAGGAGUUAGAUGAGGAAAAGACCGAUGCCUUGGAAGUAUGCAAGUAGAUAUCAUAAGAUUAGUCAUAGGGAGAAUUUAAAGAGAUUUUGUUGAUAUUAAUGGCAAUAAAAUUGUUACGUUUUUACAAGUUUCAGUUUAUUUGUAAUCUCACAAAACUUAUCUGCUGUAUUUAAUUGUUAUAAAACAUUUAGUAGGAAUUAAGAUAUCAAUAUAUUAUGUUAUCUAGAGACUAAUAAAUGUCAUUCACAUUUUA